AUGUCAUUCGAAGAUAACGAUAAUAGCGGUUCUGAUCACGAUUUUGGAGAUCUCUUUGGCUCUGAGGACGAAGCAUCUGAUAUCGAUGAUGGACGUUCUCAAUCUUCAGUGGAGCAACAGAAUUCACCAGUACAGACAACCACAGCAACAGCCACAAAAGCGUCUAAUGAUCUUGAUAACCUAUUUGGAAGUGAUGAUGAAUCAGCGUCUGACGAUGAGCCUGAGAAAAGACAAACAUUGAAACAGAGAAGAGCUCGCACACCGCAAUCAUCUGAAGAUGAGCGAGAUGCUGGACGCAAGAGCCCUACAGGCUACGAUGAUGAUAUGGAAGAAGAGGAAGAUAAUCAAUACGGCAGCCAGUCAAAUAGGAAGCAACGCGUGGAAGUUUCAUUGGAGAUGCCUCAAUUACCAGUACCCUAUAGCGAUAACAAUAAGUAUUACCUUGCCAAACUACCUCGAUUUUUGGACAUUGAAGUGAAUCCAUUCGUGCCAGACGAGUUCGAAGUGCAAAUCGAGGAAGGAUUAACAGAGGCGCAAGAACAAGAAUCUAUACGUGAACAAAUUGAAAACACAAUUCGAUGGAGAAGAGUACUAGAGGGUGGCUACGAGACCAUGCAAUCAAACGCACAUUUAGUGGAAUGGGAGGAUGGCAGAGUAUCAAUGAUGCUGGGCGACGAAUGCUUCGAUGUGGGCAGUAAACCAGUCGGCAACCAAGAGCAUGCGUAUCUAUUGGCACAUCAAACAGGAUCCGGCGCACUCGAAAGUCAAACCGAAUUCACUGACCACAUGACAUUCAGACCAAGUGGUCUCAAAAGUGAUACGCAUCGCCAUCUUACUGCACAAAUUGCUGAUAAACAAGUCAAGAAGAACAGAACCAAGAUGUUCUUUACUGAAAAGGAUCCCGAGCUCAUGAAGCAAGAAUUAGAAUCACAAGAAAAUGAACGUUUGAAAGCACAAAAGAAAUUGGAACUUCAACGUAGAAAGGCAGACAUGCGUUACGGUGAUGUGAGCUCACGUCGCAAUAACGAUUUUGGCGAUUAUGAUGUUGCUGAUUAUUCAUCGCACCACGUUGGAGGCAGUGGCGGUGGUGCUCAAGACCGCUAUGAAGAUGACUUUGUUGUGGAUGAUGACGAAUACGAUGAAGAAGAAGAGAGAUCAAGAGAAAACAGAUUAUCGCAAGCUAAAAGCUCAGGCAUGGAUAGAUACAAACGGGCUCGCUAUAGCGAUGAAGAGGAGGAAGAAGAGGAAGAAGAUGAGGACUAUGGAAAUGACGAUGACGAUGAAGAGGAAGUUGUGGUUAGAAGACACAAGCGUAAUCGUAUCUUGAGCGAUGAAGAUUAA